AUGUCGGUACCAUUCGUGAGGAGGGCACCGACGUGUCUGGGGUGCAUACGAAGACUAGCACAGCCGUUCGGGAGCGGCAAUGGAAGCAGCAACGCCGUUUCGCUUGUGCAGUCCCGCACAAAGUCGAACCACCUUCGACCGAAAGACCAGGGCGUUGUCGUCCGCUUGCUCGAAGACAUACCGAAGUUCGGUCGCAAACACUCCAUCUUCCGGGUCGAACGAGGGCGCAUGCGCAAUGAGUGGUAUCCGCACAAGAAAGCAGAGUACAUGACGAUCUCGCGCUUUUAUGAGCUAGGUCUGACCCGCGAUGACAUUGGCGAGCGGGACACCACCUUCGGCACCGUCAUGGCAGCCGAGCCAGACCCAAUUGCAGAGCCCGUGGUGCCAACGAUGACUGUUCUCACCACUCCGCCCGAAAAGGCCCACACCCUUCUAACCACUGUGAUUCCCGAGACACUCACUUUCCGCCGCAAACCGAUCCCGGUACCGACCCCGACACCGGCCGGCGCCGCCCCGGCCCCAUCCAUCUCCCCCCUCGUUGCGUCCGCAAACGCUGAUUCUGCGCCGGAGCCGAAUGCGCCGAAUGCUCCUCUCGCCAUCUAUGGUUCCGUGUCCGCCACCGAUAUCGUGGGCCACAUCAAGACCCUGCUGGCUGGGGAUGCUGAUGGCAGCCGCAUUGUGCUGGAACCUGAAAACAUCCGCUUCUUGGGCCUGGCAGAGGAGGCCGACAGAGUCAAGGCGCUAGGCCGCUGGGAGGUUGAGAUAUCGAUUGGCGGUACUGACCUGGAACCCGUACGCAAGAUGGUUGAAAUUCUACCCCUGAGCGAAGGGUCGGGCGAGGAUGAUUCACAGUCCGCUUCGUGA